AUGAAACGUAUUCUGAAUAAAGUGAAAAAUUUAGGUAAAGUUCGUUCAGAAUAUUGUGUUCAGUAUUACAACUCAUGGCCAGAAAGCAAACACCUCUACAUUCAGAUGGAGUUUUGUUCACAGAAUUUACGGAAUAUUCUCGAAAUGAAACCAAAAGUAUUUGACAGACAAAUAGGAGAAGCCAUGGAUUGUGUCGAGUAUUUCAUUUCGUGUGAAAUAUUCCGAGAGAUCUUAGAAAGUGUUCAGUAUUUGCAUGAAUUGAAUCCACAGAUCAUUCACAGAGACCUCAAACCCGACAAUAUAUUGAUAGACGGGAACGGAAGGAACGGUAGAUUUGUUAAGUUAUGCGACUUUGGUUUGGCUAAAAUUCAUGACAAUGACAUCAAUUGCAAGACUAACGAUAAGCACACUACAGGUGUGGGUACACCUAAAUAUCAAGCACCUGAAAUAGCCCAGGCCUGGAAAUUAUUGGUUCUGAAAUUUUUGAUUAUGAUUUAUUUUUUACUGACCCUGAUAAUUCUGAAAGCCUUUACUUUGGGAAUGAAAUCCUAA